GGUAAUAAAAGCAGAAAUAAUAACAGAAAAAUGAUUUUAGUAAAGCUCGGUAAUGUCCUAAAACAGCUGGUCACUGAGCAUUUACACAAGCAGGAGGAAAGACAUUGGGGGCUAUAUUCAGUGGUGGAUUAAUACACAUGUGCUGCUGUGUUCGUGGUGAUGAAGCAACAUGUCAUCCAGUGGCUUAAUUCUUGUCCAAAAACUGUUAACGAGUUCAGUUUCAUUGUUUCACGUCACUGUCAUGUUCACUGUUGCCAGCCUUCUGCCCGAUUUCUCUAAUUAUGUCCUGUUUCAGUAUUCUGUUAUUAAUUUGACAGUUCAAUAAAUUUGCAUUUAAAUGCAUAAAAUAAAUACAUUAAAACAAUACAUUUGACAAUGUACUAAUUACAGGUCCUUCUGGAGAACUAAUACUUUAACAUGUUUUCAAAUACAUUGUCUUUGUCUCUGCUACAUUUGUGAUCGUGUGAUGUGUAAACAGCGUCACUAUAAAAUGAAAUCAAUUCCAACUCAAAGCAGCAACCGUUUAGUUUUGUAAUGCACGAUUUAAAUACGCACAUAAACAAAGUGUUUCUGGAGGCUUGAAAGGGUUGAGUGAAGCCAUGUGAAAGAUGAGUUCUCAUCAGUCCCUCAUGUUUACCUCACGGUCGUGUGUGCCAGUUUGUUUUCUUCACUUUCUGUUUGUGUAGCUGGUCUGUGCAACCUGAUAAAUGGAUGUCUUGAUAAACUGAUAUCUUUUAAUACAGACGGUUAAUCAUUCACUCACACAUGAUUUUUCCAUGUUGACUAAUAUGUGUGCGUGUGUGUGUCAUUUAUGUGAUAAGGAAUAACCUUUUGGGUUCAACAUUUUAAAAGGCUUUACCAGCGGGGAUGUUAAAUCUUUGAAGCUCCGUAUCUCAGAACUGCAGUCUUCGAUAAUAUAAACCUUAAAUAUCGUGACAUGUGGUAAACAGCAUCGGCAUUAAAAGGUUUCACUGACGGGUCGCCUGCUUUUGAACAGGUACGUAGGUGAGAUCAUCUCGGAAGCAGAAGCGGAGAUGAGGCAGAAUGACACUUACCUCUUCAGCCUGGAUGAUAAGCCACAAGAUCUAUACUGCAUUGACGCACGUUUCUAUGGAAACAUCAGCCGCUUCCUCAAUCACAUGUGCGAGCCCAACUUGUUCGCCUGUCGAGUGUUCACAACGCACCAGGACCUUCGUUUCCCACACAUUGCCUUCUUUGCCAGUGAAAACAUCAAGGCUGGAGAGGAGCUUGGAUUUAAUUACGGCGACCACUUCUGGGAAGUCAAAAGCAAGCUGUUCAGCUGCGAGUGCGGCUCGUCCAAGUGCAAGUACUCGUCAGCGGCCAUGGCGUCGCUGCAGGCUGACAGCACGCCGGAGGGCCAGCAGCAGCCCAGUGCGUCGCCCGACACCAGCUCUUCCAACAGUCCUUCUAGUCCUUCCUAAAAAAAAAAAAACCCUCCACACACUCUAAAGCUCGGCUGAUGGGACACACAAGGACACCUGCGCAAUGCACCCGUCUGAACUUUUAUCAAUGAACUUGUACUGUAUCUCCACUUCUGAUUCAAAAACCAUGGACCUUCGUGAGAACCCGUUAAAACGUUGCCACACAGAACCAGAUGCACAAUCAAAUCCUGGAGGAACUUUACUGCUCCUUUAUUCCACCUUGUGUACCACGAACAGCAGGGGGCAGCGACGUCACGCACAGCAAAGUCACAGACAAUAGGACCGUCUUUACAUGUCAUACAUAACGUCACACAUUACUUUACUGGGGAGGAGGACUGUGCAUUUUGUCUUUUUUUUCUAUAAGGUUGGAAUUGUUAAAUGUCUUUUCUUAUGGAGUCACGAUCACGGAACUUUGGGGUCGGGAUGAGGGUAUCGUUGUCUUUUGCGAAGACAACAUCAGCGUUCAGCUGGGCUUAACUUGUUUGACCUUUUGCGGUCGUUUAUCAUGAACCAUUCCAGCAAGAUUAGCGGAUAAAUAUUGAACUAUGUUGCCACUUCUUUGCGUCACUUCAUCUUCGCUGCAGUGUUUGAUCAGACAUGUCCCAACAUUUGCCACCAUAGUUAAUUAUGAUUUGAUGGAUUAGCUAAAAUGAUGGGGGAAAACGAAGGCGUGGUGCAAAAAAAAAAAAGUGGACUAUUUUUCUUUUUCUUUGCUACUCGAGCGAGUAUAGAUUGUCUGAGAGAAAGAUGCUGUACCAUUCCUCAAGAACGAGGCGUUUCUAGUCUGAAUACAUUGGUUGACUGUUUUAUGGAGCAUGCUGCCACCCUGGUGGGAGAAUUGAUUAAACUGAAAUAGUUUAAAAACAAGGAAAUGGUGCUGACAAAGGUUUUUAUUUUUGUUUUCAUUUUUAUUACCCAAGUGAACAUAGUUUGUAAGAUAAGAGAACGUUUUACGUUUUUUUAUGUUUAAUUUUAACUCCCACUUUUCUAAGCGUAGUUACUGUAGUUGGGCUAUUUUUGUUUCAUGAUUUUUGCCGACAGAAGCCAACCAGUCUUUUUAAAUGUUGUUAGUAAAGCAGUGACUGUUGUGCAAAGUCUUGAAAGGUAUAAAUGAAAAAAAAAGUUAUAAAAAAUGCAAUUCAUAACUUUCUGUUACAUAUUUCUGGACCGUGAACCAUCCAUCUAAUUGGUUGUAUCUUUUUCAAUAAAUUUACUACUAAUGCAUUUAUUCUGA